AUGAUGCCGAGCCCGAACUGUUUGGUCGCGAAUUCGAACUGUUCGGCCUCGAAACCGAACCCGAACUCGAACCCUGAAACCGAACCCGAACCUAUAGCCGAACCUCAAGAGCGAAUCCGAACCCGAACUCGAGCCCGAACCAUUCGGCUCCAAACCCGAACUGAAGUUCGGGCUCCUCAAAGUCCAUCGAAAGCCAUUUCAUCAUUUAGUUGUAAUAAAUACACACACGUUCGUGUAAAAGAGAACGUUGAACGAUUUGGGCAAAAAUGCGAAGUCCAUGUCAUCGCCAGAUGGAAAAAUGAACCCGAUAUUCAGAAUCAGCGCAGAAAACUGACCUAG